CUCGAUUUUUGCACCAAAAUGAUCUUUUCUGUAGCUAUAGGUACUAGGGAUAUAAAAAAAUUGUUGGCAGAGAAGAACCGGGGAAAAAUCCGGAUGAGGGGCAAAGAUCACUGGAGAGAUUAUCUGACAUUCUCCUUGGACUAUAAAAUAUUUACCUACAGUAAAAAAGCUAUCAAAGAAAACUGCAGAUACUAUGCCUCGCUAUUGUACUUUCCCAGUGAAUGGCUCAAGUGGGAAUCACUGGCUGAAAGGAAUUGGAAGAUAUGAAGAUGGCGGUGUGUACACCCCUCACCAUGGUGAUUACGUCAUUGCUGUUUCCUGUUUCCUGUCAAGGAGGCUUUGGUAUAUAUCUACCGCCGACUGGUUCGGGUACAUACGGGGACGUCUCAAGUGUAGAUGAUGGUUGCAGAAGCAGUCGUUUUGGGAGCGAUAGGUAUGCGUCUGUAAAGUUUAUGGGUGAAGUUCACAAAUGUGCUUAUUAUGAAUGUCAGGCUGAUGGGCAAUAUUACAUGAAACUUUGUCCUGUGGGAAUGGGUGUGGUGUCAACGUUGAUAAAGAAAGGACGUAUGGGAGGAAUAAGACCCCCUUGUCAAGGAAAUGGAGCCUGUAAGGAGACCCUCACAGAGAAAGGAGUUCAAAACGUGUCUCUCACAAUCUGUGCGACUGAUAUGGCGAUCCUUCUUGACGUCUGCACGUUAAGUACAGAGGACAAAGGGAAAGUGCAAGCAUUUGUGCUGAAUCUCAUUAGGGCAUUUCCAAUUGGUCAUUUUGCCACAAAAAUAGCUGGUGUGUCAUAUGAUGAUAAGCUAGUUGAACUUUUGACCUUUGGUAAAACUGAUGAUCAACGCACAGUAGGCAAUGAUUACACUUGGCAACAAUUUUAACACAGAAGAUACAUCGCUACAAUGUGGGACUGAAUCGUGGAAAGUUUUGAAAUAUGCGUAUGAGAACUUACUCUUUGGUGAUGGCAGUAACAAUAGGGAAAAUAUAAAUGAUACCGUUAUUCUGAUUUCUGAUGGGACGUCAAUAGGUAAUGAUGAGGCUACAUUUUGGGCAGAUAAACUUAAGGCAGAUGGAGUUAACAUUAUGGUGAUUCACUUGGCUAAUACCACUAGCAAUGCAGAGAAAGUACUCAGGGAAUAUGCUUCGGACAGCAUGAAUGGCUACUGGAGUGUAGCAGACAUAGAUCAAAUUGGGACUAUUAAAAACGAAGUUGUUGAAACGAUCUGCAACCAACAAUAACAUUUAUCGUGUUGGAUAAUCUGAAAUCAUAUUUUGAUUAUUCAGACAGUGGUGUUUUUUCUUGUGAAUAAUAAAUGUUGAUGUUUGG